AAAAUUCAGAUUCACAGUUUUCAGUCGAAUGAGAAACGCUGUUGCGUGAGCGUGAGUGGCUUGACUAGUUUUCAAUCGUGUGCAUAUUUCUCACAAGUUUACAUUAGUGUGCGUGGCUUUUAAAUUUAAAAACAAGUUCUCUUUAGUCAUAGUGUGCAUUUUACUUGGAUUACAUUGCAGUUUCACGAAAAAAAAAAUAGUCAGAAACAAUGUGAUAAAACUGUCGAUGGAUCAAAAUAAAGGAAAAAAAUCUCGCAAACAAUUUUAUUUUUUAAAUUUCUCCAUAUAAAGUGGACAACAAAAUUGAAAUGCCAGAUCAAGGGUAAAUAAAUUAAAAAGCUCGGAAUUCGAGUUUUUCAAAUAAAUAGAAAGAGAAAGAAAAUUGAGCCAAAAUGUUCCUCUGCAAACAAAUAUUUGUUGCAUUUGCAACAAUUUUAAUAUCAUUCAACAUAUCAUGUUUGGGAUUAGAAGGACCAAAUGUCUGUACCAGACAAGAACAAUAUCAAGUUUCAGUUAAGGUAUCUGAACAGAAGCCUUAUAUGGAACGAGAACACACGUGGUGCCUCAGUUUUCCUCCUAGGUGUUCAAAAUAUAAAGUAAUUUACAAGACUGUAUACAACAUUCAGACAUUAACGAAAACAAAACCUGUCGAGGAGUGUUGUAAAGGUUACACCUUAACAACAGAUGGAGAUCGUUGUAUUCCAAUUUGUUCGGAAGAUUGUCGACAUGGAACGUGUUCAGCUCCGGAUAUUUGUACUUGUGAAUCAGGAUAUGGUGGUCCACUUUGCGAUAUUAAAUGUCCAGUUGGCAAAUGGGCGAAGGACUGUCAAAAAGAUUGUAAUUGUAAAAAUGACGCCAAUUGUGAUCCAUUCGAUGGGAAAUGUAUUUGUCCACGUGGUUGGGAGGGUGAAUCAUGUGACAAAAAAUGCCCCCCCGAUAGUUAUGGACAAAAUUGUGCGGAAAAAUGUCGUUGCCAUAAUGGUGGCAGCUGUCAUCAUAUUUCUGGUGAAUGCCAAUGUACUCCCGGUUACACUGGACCACUUUGUAUGGAUCUUUGUCCUGCUGGAAAACAUGGGGAAGAAUGCAAAUCAGAAUGUCGUUGUCAAAAUGGCGGAUCUUGUAAUCCAAAAACUGGAGAAUGUAUUUGUACUUCCGGUUGGGCUGGCUCAGUAUGUGCAAAUCGUUGUGCCGAAGGAAAUUGGGGAAAAGAUUGCUUAAAAGUCUGUGAUUGUUAUAAUGGAGCAACUUGCCAUCAUAUAACGGGCAAUUGUAUUUGCAAACCCGGUUUCAAAGGAGAAAAAUGUUUCGAGAAAUGUCCCGAGGGUAAAUACGGUGAGAAUUGUACAAGUCGAUGUAACUGUCGAAAUGGGGCUUCAUGUAAUCCAAUUGAUGGUAGAUGCGAAUGCAGUCCUGGAUGGAGGGGGAGAUUUUGUGUUGAAAGAGCAUGUUCCGAUGGACAAUAUGGUCCCAAUUGUGAAAAGGUCUGUCAAUGUACAAAAGAAAAUACAGAACUCUGUCAUCCAUGGGAUGGUGAAUGUAUGUGUAAGCCAGGUUGGAGUGGAAAAACAUGUUCACGAUCAUGUCCAUUAUUAAUGUAUGGCAAAAAUUGUGAACAUAAAUGUAAAUGUAAAAAUAAUUCACAAUGUUCACCAAUUAAUGGUUCAUGUAUUUGUGCCGCUGGUUUUCGUGGUGAAAAUUGCAAUGAGGAAUGUCCUGAAAAUACAUAUGGCGAGGAUUGUGCACAAAAAUGUGCAUGUAAAAAUGGGGCAAAUUGCCUAAGGGAAAAUGGUCGUUGCAAUUGUACAGCAGGAUGGGUUGGAGUCUUAUGUGAUCGUCCUUGCAAUGACAAAUUCUUUGGUCUGGAUUGUGAAAAUAAAUGCCAAUGUUAUAAUAAUGCGGCCUGCAAUCCGCAGAAUGGCUCCUGUACCUGUGCAGCUGGUUUCACUGGGUUAAAUUGUGAAAAUCGAUGUGAAAAAGGAUUCUUCGGACACAAUUGCUCACAGGUGUGCGAUUGCAAUUCUGACAAUAGUAUUGACUGUGAUUCAACAACUGGUCGUUGUAUCUGCAAGCCUGAAUGGCGAGGAAUUCAAUGCGAGACACAAUGUCCGCCUGGGCUUUAUGGAGAAAAAUGUCAUUCACAAUGUAACUGCAAGAACAAUAGUUCGUGCGAUGCAAAUACUGGUGCUUGUAUAUGUUCCCGUGGAUGGGAGGGUCCAGAUUGUAAUCAACCUUGCAAAGAGGGAUAUUAUGGUAUUGGAUGUAAAGAAAAAUGUCCCGAAAAAACUCAAGGAAAUAUGACAUGCGAUCAUGUCACUGGAGAAUAUAUUUGCAGACCAGGCUACUUAGGACUUACUUGUGAACAUCCUUGUCCUCCAAGUAGAUAUGGAAUGAAUUGUGCUAAACAUUGUACAUGCAAAAAUGGCGGUGAAUGCCAUCACGUGACAGGAAAAUGUCAAUGCUUCCCUGGAUGGCAAGGUGAUCAUUGUCAAAUUCCUUGUCUUGAAGGAACGUAUGGUACCAAUUGUACGCAGCAUUGUAAAUGUCAAAAUAAUGGACAAUGUAGACCUCAUGAUGGCUCUUGCAAAUGUAUGCCUGGUUGGGCUGGCACAAGAUGCACUGAAAUUUGCCCAGAAGGUUAUUAUGGAGAUCAUUGCAUGAAACCCUGCGAAUGUAAAAGCGAUUCGUUUAUUUGUCAUCCAGCUGAAGGAUGUAUUUGCAAGCAAGGAUUCACGGGACCAAAUUGCGAUGAACCAUUAAUGUACAGAAAUAUUCAAGAAAAAGAAGAAUCUAGCGUUGGAAGUAUCGUGGCAGGAAUUUUCGCUGCAAUUAUGGUAAUUGCAAUUUCCCUUGCCGCAUGGUUUUAUCAUCGACGAAGAGUUGCUGAUUUAAAAAAAGAAAUGGUUCAAGUUCAAUAUGUUGCUGAACCAGUAACACCACCUGACCGAUCACAAUUCGAUAAUCCUGUGUAUUCUUAUCAAGGAUCAUCUAGAUUUGAUGAUGGAACUGCAACGUUACUUAAUAAUGUUCAAAUUAGAAAUGAUCUUGGCCGAAAAAAUAUAAAUAUUGAAAAAAUGAAAUUUGGAGGACAUGAUGACGAUGACGAAAGUGCUAGAGGAGCCUACGGUUCGUAUGAUCAUUCAGUUCCACAAAAGAACAAAGAUGCAGAUAUGGGAAAUCCAAAUGUAAAUAUUUACUACAGCAUUGAUGAAAUGGACAGUAAAAAAGGCGAACAUUUUUAUGAAGAUAUAAAACAUAAAACAACUGAAAUGGAAUAUGAUCAUUUGGAUUAUUCACCAGCUCAAAAUGAAUGGAAACUUCAUUAUCAUCAUAUGGCAAAUGGAUUUGUCUCAAAGGAUGGAAGUGGUCCAAGUAAAUCAAAGGAUCAUGAUCCUGAAAGUGGUCGAAAAGAUUCUCUUUUAAGACAAUAGAGGAAGUUAAUUGUAUACGAAAGAGAGGAAAUUUAAACAAUUUUGAAAUUAGAAAAAAUAGGUCAAUUUUUGAAAUUUAAAAAUUAAAAU